GACUUGGUUGCGAACGUUUGCCAUGAUGGCAAGCCGGAGCGAGGAACGUACAAAGUGCAGGUGUUUCACCAGCCCACGUCGCAGUGGUUCGAGAUCCAUGAUUUGCGAGUUACACCGGUUUUGCCACAAAUGGUUGCCUUGACGGAGAGUUACAUCCAGGUCUAUCAGAGACAGGAUGUCAAGCCUGAUGGGUCCUUCGGCAAAUUCGACGCCGAAAUUCCGGAUUUGCUGGCAGAGGCAGAACCUGGUGUGGCUGCAGAGAUCGAAAUGGCACCGGAGGAGUCCACAAAUGACCUGCGGUCCUUUUUGGACCAACUGCACAGGAGACUCUCGGAACAGCUCGAGCUGCAACAGCAACAGCAGGAGAACAGGCAUGCUUGGUGCCACAAGAACCUUCAGUUCCUUGCAGACGAGGGCAAGCACGCUGAAGGCAUCAUCGAGAGUCUACGUGGCACCAUUCGGAAACUGAAGAACACCAAGGAUGAGAACAUCUUGCUGGUGCAGCUCACGGAGGAGGCGAAAGGCAACGCGACAACACAGAGCCAGGAGCUCGCCCUGCAGCUUUCCACGAAGGCCGCCCGGCGAUCUGGAAAGUCCCACGGAGUUCGAGAGCUGCGACAGGCGCAGCUUGCCGAAGCUCAGGAACCGCCACUGGAAGCACGAUACAAAGAAGCAACAAUGAGUGAUCUGAUACUGCAGGCCUGGGUCAACUGCAAGCACUUCGCCAAUUUGUGUGGCCUCGUCAGCAACUCAUCGCUUGGCAGCAGCGUUGAGGCCACCCUUCUAAGCAAGGCCGCGGAGAAGCGGAGUGCAGAGCAGCAGAAGGCUCUGGAAGAUCAGAUCUCCUUGCUGCGGACUUCAACAGAGGCCAUCUCUGCGGCAGAGGCGCUCCAUCGGAUUGACGAGUCGAAGGUCAGCUCGAGCCUGGGUGAGGUGAGUUUCCUGCAAAUGACAACCGAACGUGCUGCAGAGAUUCCCGACCUCCUCUCCCUUUUCAGAAGGCCAGAGCCUGCGAACAGCGAGGACCUGGAAGAGCUGUCCCUACCUUUCCAGUCAAGGCCAAGCGAGGCUCAUAUGCAGGAGGUGCUCCCCGCAAUGCCACAGGACCAACGUCCGAGAGUAGUGGAGCUUCUCGCCAAAAUGCAGAGUGACGAUUCCUUGGAGCGUUCCAAGAAAAUGACAUGGUGCAGCGAGGAGCGCCAAAGGGAGAGAGCUAGCCUUGAAUCGGCGCGGGCAUCGGCGAUGCUGUUCAGUGCAGAUGCCCACGCACAUGAGCACAUCAAGGCUCAGCUGCAGGAUGAGCUGGACCACAUGCAGAAGACAAGCGAGAAUUGCGAUGGGGCCCUGCGCACUAUCCUUCAAGAUGCCACCAAUGUGCUUAACAAAGCUCUGGACGGCCUUACAAGCCUUCGAGACCAAUGGUGGGGCCACGACACGAACAACCCAGUUGUCACGGCCAUGACGUCUUUGUCUGGCGUUAAACAAUCCUUUGAGGCCCAAGCAGAGGCGUGCGAAGGUCUGCAGAAAGAGUCGGCCGAAUCUGCCAAGGCAGUCGCCGAACGUGCCCGUGACCUUUUGGCAGCGCUGGAUGCAGAGGGGCGAAAGCUGGAGCUCAUGCGUGACUUCUAUGCGAAGCGACAGAGCCGAAGCACGUCGAUGAAGGACGUGUACGACUCGCAGGUCAUCUCAGCCGAGGCUUAUUUGAGAAACCUGGAUCAAUCAUGCGGCACGGGUGUUCUGGAGCAGCAGUCACAUGAGACACAGGCGGAUGUGCAUGCAUUGAACGAUGCUGAUAUGGUCUUCAACGGCCAGCCGAUUAAAGCUCCACACCUUCUGCGGGGGUCUUCGAAGAGCCUGUCGCCAGUGGAAGAAGCAGCACUGGCGAUGGGGGUUUCGAUCGACUGA